AUGUCAGUUCGGAAGUCUUUACAUCGCAAAGCCCAUAGAUGGAUUGAUGUGCUGAUUGAGUGGAGUGACAGUUGCGCUGGUGUCACGACGACCAACGACGACAAGGAUACAGAGACUAAAGAGGAUGACGGGGACGACUCAACAGCCUCCAAAGACAGAGACGUUGCUAUGACCUCUGGCGGUGAGGAUCUUUCAACGACUACUAAGGAUGAAGACAAUUGA